AUGUACAAAAAACAGUACAAUAUAACACGAAUCGUGGCUCUCCAAAAUAAAUCAUUUAAAGAAGCAGAAAAUAUAGCAAAUAACCUGCCUUAUACGAAAAUCAAGACGAACAAUAGAUUUUCAGUUCUUAACACCAUUGACAACUUUCCAGAAUUGCCAAUCGCGUCGUAUUCAGCAGUAACCAAUCAGAAAGCCGAUCUCCCGAAACAACAACCCGUCCAAAUUCCCAACGCCGAAAAGAAGAAAAUAUCAUCUUCGCAGCCUACAUCCGACAUCAGUUCAAAAAGAGACAGCUUUGUAGUGAGCGCUGAACGAGAAUUCUACACCGCGAUUGAGCAAGAACUGGCAAAGUUGAAACCUGUAGAAGAAGCGCCACCAGAUGAAGUACACGAAGAGCAUGAUCAAUUCACGGAAAUGAAACCGCAACCGGUACCGGUUCAAGCGGAACUGCCCAACCCUUCACCGCAAAAGGAGAAAGCGAAGGACAAAGGCAAGGAAAAGACUUGA